AUGAAAAAUUUUUUAACGAAAAUUAUAGAAAAUGCUUUUAAACGAAACGACGAAAAGAAAAUUAAACAACUGUUUCACUUCAUCAAUCAUACAAAGGAAAAAUGUAAUAUCCAUAUAAAACAGGAAGAUGUUGUACAUGUCAUUUCAAAAUAUGGAAUAUAUAUAAACCUUUUAGAAAAUUAUUAUUUAACAAGAAAUAUUACAAAUGACAAUAUUUAUGAUUCAAAAUCCUUUUAUAAUAAAUGUAAAGAAGAAAAUUUUAUAAAUUUUAUGGAUAUAAAAACUAACCAAUUCAUAAAUAUUAAUAUAAAUGAUAAACAUAACAUAUACAAUAAAAAUCAAACCUUGUAUAAUCAUUAUUAUCAUGGAAAACAAAAAAAGAAAAAAAUAUUAAUAGACCCAUAUCAUAAUUAUCACAUUAUAAAUAUAAAAAAAUUUCUUUAUUACAGUAAAUUGUAUUUUAACUCUUUUUUUCACAUAUAUUUUAAAUCUAUACUCAAAGAAACACAAUCUAAUAAAAGAAAUAUUAAAAAUUAUAUAUAUCUAUUUCAUUCAUUAUGCUUGUUAAAUUAUAAAGAACAAAAACAAAUAUCCAAAUAUAUUUUUGAAACAAUGAUUACAAACAUUAUAGAAACAAAUCAAUAUUAUUUAAAUCAUAAAAGAGACAUCAAACCGAACACAAAUAAUACCAAACAUUUAUUUAAUGAUGGACAUCCAUUAUGUAGUAAUACUUUAGUAGAACUUGUGACCGUCAUAAAUAAACACAUCGACAAGCUGCAAAUGUGGGGAAUUAAUAUUAAUAUUGUACAACUAUUAUGUCUCCAUUUGUACAAUUAUGUUUUUCAUUCUACCUUUUUUAUAAUAAAUUGGAAACAUGGGAAAAUGGAAAGAGAAACAAAUGUUCACGUGGAAAAUGAUAAAUUAAAAAUUUGUCAGGCGAAAAGUGGUAAAUUAAAAAUUUGUCAGGUGAAAAGUGAUAAAUUAAAUAAUGUUCAGGUGAAAAGUGAUAAAUUAAAUAAUGUACAGGUGAAAAGUGAUAAAUUAAAUAAUGUACAGGUCAAAAAUGAUAAAUUAAAUAAUGUUCAGGUGAAAAGUGAUAAAUUAAAUAAUGUACAGGUCAAAAAUGAUAAAUUAAAUAAUGUACAGGUCAAAAAUGAUAAAUUAAAAAAUGUACAGGUCAAAAAUGAUAAAUUAAAUAAUGUACAGGUCAAAAAUGAUAAAUUAAAUAAUGUACAGGUCAAAAAUGAUAAAUUAAAUAAUGUACAUGUCAAAAAUGAUAAAUUAAAAAUUUGUCAGGUGAAAUUUUUUCAAAAUAAAUCUGAUGUAGAAGAAAAUGUCCAUGUACAUGAUUGCACACCUUACGAUUCAUCGUUCCUUGGAAAUCUCUCAAAUGUGGAGAUACAAAUCAGCAACGAUGAGGAAACAAAAGAAAUAAAUAUAAAUGAACUGAAACUUUUUUAUAAUUCUACAUUUAUGGAUAUAUCCAAUUUUGUAAGUAUUGUUUAUUUUUUGAAAAAGUAUUAUAAUAAUAAUGCUUUUUUUGUCAGAAAUAAGAAAUGGAAAGAUCCAAUUGAAGGAGACCAUUUAAUGAGUCUUAUAGAUAAAAGAAUUGUUUAUAUAUAUUCACAUAUAUAUGUGUGUAAUUAUCCCUUAUCAUAUUUAAAAAGGUGUAUAGAAUGGAAGUGUUUAAAAGAUAAGGUAAAGGAAAAAGUAGGAAUAGAAGAUAAUUUAGAUAAAACAUUUAAUUUUAUAAAUUAUAACAAUAUAGAAAACGAAUUAAUUAAAAAGAAUAAUUUUUUAUUUUCCCAUAAAAAAAAAAUAUUAUAUUAUUAUAAUAAUAUAUAUUCAGAUAUAACUUAUUCAUUAUAUUCGAAUACACAUUUGUUAAUGUUAAAUAUUUAUAUUUCCCACUUUGAUAAAUUAUUAAAAGAUACAUUUCAAAAAAAAUUUGUACUUUUUCAAUACAACAUGAUGAUUAUUAUAAAAUUUGUAAAAUUUCUAUCCACAAUUUGUUUACGUCAAAAUGAUGAUAUGUUUUGUCAUUUUAAUAAAAUAAUAUAUUAUCACAUUUCUUAUUGUAAAUCAUUAAUUUGUUUAAAAGAACAAAAUGAUAAAUAUAAUCACAUUAAUGAUAUGAUGUGUGUGUAUUAUCAAUUCUUUGAGUUCUUAUUAAAAUAUUACAUAACUUUUUUAUGUACCAACAAUUUAACUUUUCUUUUGUCUUUUUUUUCUGACUUGUUCAGGCAAAAGGGAAAUAAAAUAAAGGAAUUAAAAUGGGUUGUUUUAACAAAUGAAGAGAUAAUAAAUAGGAUGAAGAGGAAUUCAUUGUGUAUGUCUUAUCACAAAUGGGAUGAUGAAAGUGUAUCAAUUGUUGAUACUAUUUGUGAUAAUAAAUUAUAUAUGGAUAAAUUAUAUAUGGAUAAAUUAUAUAUGGAUAAAUUAUAUAUGGAUAAAUUAUAUAUGAAUAAAUUAUAUAUGGAUAAAUUAUAUAUGGAUAAAUUAUGUCAGCUGUAUAAUAAAGAACUAUAUUGCGACUCACACAAAAAACCAUUUGGUAUGAAUUCAUUAAAUGAUCGUCUUAAAAAUAAAAUUAUAAAUAAAAGACAUGUAUACAAUAUAUGUAAUUCAUAUAUACAAUUAGAACAUUACGAUGAAAGGUUUAUAAGUUUAGUGUCAGCAUAUACUAAAUUAAAUCUUGUCAAAUUAAAUAAUAAAGACAUAACAGCAGUAGUUUAUUUUUUUUAUAAGAUGAAAUAUAAAAAUAUAGAAAUAGCUGGAAAUAUCAUGACUCAUAUUGAAAAGACAUUUAUACAAUAUAAUAUGAAUGAAAUAUAUAUAAUAUUAAAAUAUUAUUUUGAAUUAUACAAUUUUUUAAAAAAGAAUAUUUCGAAUAUAUUAAGUCAUGUUUUUUUUUACAUUUUUUCCUGUUAUUAUAUAGAUAAGUUUAUAUUAUUAGAUGAUCAUUAUUCGUUAUGUCUUACAGACAAGGAAGGAAUAAAAAGAAAAGAGAAGGACAAAAAAGAAGAUAUAUUAAAAAGAAGUCAUUUUUUAGAACACCAUAAUAUGAACAUAUCACAUUAUAUAAAUGAGUUGAGGAACUUAUUUUCUUCUUUAAAUUACAAGAUAAACAUAUUAUAUAAUGAAGAAAAUAAAUCAAUAGAAAUACAAAAUAAUGAUAAUAUAAAUUAUGAGAUAAAUGAAAAACAGAUAAAUAAAAUUCUUUUAAAUAUUCUUAUGAAAGGAGAAAAAAAUAAGGAAGGAAAAAGAAAUAUAUUUCAUUAUCAAAUAUAUAAGGACAAAAAUUUUGUAAAAUCCAUUUUAAAUAUUUUAUUACUUAUAUCCAAAUAUAAAAUGAAAAAGCAGUACAUGUUAUAUGAUAUGAGUUAUCUAACUUUUAUAAAACAGGAAAAAUAUAAUAAUAUGUUACAUGUAUACGACUGGGCAAGUCUUAUAACAAGUCACUGUAAACUAAAAUAUAAUCCUCCUUAUGUCGAGAAAUAUAUUUUGAUUUUCUACAAUAUUUUAACAAAACAAGAUAAAAAAAUAACAGAGGAUAUUAAAAACAAUGAUCCCAAUAAUAAUUAUGAUAAACAUUAUUGUACUGAACAGAUGAUGAGGGUAAUUAACUCUUUGUGUUGUCAUUUAAAAAAUAUGAACCUCAAAAAUAAGGUGUUAAUAUAUAAUUU